AAUCCUUUUUCACUUUACCAUUAUCAUCCCAAAAUCGUACUUCUAAAAAAAAAUAUAUAUUUUUCUAUAUUAUCUUAAUAUUCCAGACUAUUUGUAUAAGUAUAAAAUAAGUAAUGUAAAGGCCGUUAUUAAAAUCACUCUGUUUAAUUUUUAAUUAAUAAUUAAUAAUUACUUAACUUUAACUAAAACAGCUAAGGUGUGCUACGUCCAGUGUACUCAUACUUACUAUUUUUGUCUAUAAAUUGUUUUAUUCUUCUUCUCAAACCAGAUAGAAACUCAGCAAAAGUUCACUUGUUUUAUUAUAGUUGCUUUACUUUUUAGAGAGAGAAAAAAAGGGUUUCUGCUUUUUAGAGAGAGAGAGCUUCAGCAUCUAACAAUGGAGGGUAAAGAAGAAGAUGUGAGGCUGGGAGCCAACAAGUACUCCGAGAGGCAACCCAUUGGGACCUCAGCUCAGACGGACAAGGACUACAAGGAGCCACCUCCAGCGCCGCUCUUCGAGCCCGGUGAGCUCAAGUCAUGGUCCUUCUGGAGAGCAGGGAUUGCUGAGUUCGUGGCUACCUUUUUGUUUCUGUACAUCACUGUUUUGACCGUCAUGGGAGUCUCUAGAGCUCCAAACAAGUGUGCUUCUGUGGGUAUUCAGGGUAUUGCUUGGGCUUUCGGUGGAAUGAUCUUUGCCCUUGUCUACUGUACUGCUGGAAUCUCAGGUGGGCACAUUAACCCAGCAGUGACUUUUGGGCUUUUCCUAGCAAGAAAGCUCUCCUUAACAAGAUCCAUAUACUACAUGGUGAUGCAAUGCCUAGGAGCAAUCUGUGGGGCUGCAGUUGUGAAGGGGUUCGAGAGUUCUCAGUACAAGAUUCAAGGUGGUGGAGCCAACGUUGUCAAUGCUGGCUACACCAAGGGCGAUGGCCUUGGUGCUGAGAUUGUGGGUACUUUCGUUCUUGUCUACACUGUUUUCUCUGCUACUGAUGCCAAGAGAAGCGCCAGAGACUCUCAUGUCCCUAUCUUGGCUCCUCUUCCCAUUGGGUUCGCUGUGUUUUUGGUUCACUUGGCCACCAUCCCCAUCACCGGAACCGGCAUCAACCCCGCCAGGAGUCUCGGUGCAGCCAUCGUCUACAACCAGGAACAUGCCUGGGAUGAUCACUGGAUCUUCUGGGUGGGACCAUUCAUUGGAGCUGCACUGGCUGCACUUUACCACCAGAUCGUCAUCAGAGCCAUCCCAUUCAAAAGCAAGGCUUGAAAAUCUCUAUGUUUUUCAUCUCUAUCUUAUUUAGUAGUGUAUGCCAAUUUCUUUAAAUAUUGUGUUUAUUUAUUUUAUCAUUUGAUGAGAUUGGAAAUGAAAGGCUGGAUUCUAAUUUCAAAUUAAAACAUUAUAUAUUUAGUACUAGUUGUUGUCUCUUGUUGUUGGCCCUAUUAUCAAUGUAAAUUUUCUUCUAAUUUUGCUCUUA